AUGACCACCUACCUACCGUCCAUAACCAUCCCCACGGCCGUGUUCAAGCACCAGGCGGCCUCUGUCCUGCUUCCCAUUGCGCUCGGCACCGCCGUCGGCUUCGGAACGCGCCCUGCGGAGACCCAAAAGACGUACCUGGAUUUGAAGCAGCCUCCUCUGAGACCGCCUCCCUGGCUGUUUGGCCCUGUGUGGACCGUCCUCUACGGUCUGAUGGGCUACGCCGCCCAUCGUGCCGCUACCGUUGGUCUCUCUCCGCUGUCGAGCCCGUCAACCGUCCAAACCACGCUGCAAUCCAUGACCUUGUACAGCGUUCAGCUCGGCCUCAACCUACUGUGGAUGCCGCUUUUCUUUGUGGCCAAGCGUCCCGUGGCGGCGACCAUCGACAUUGUCGGUCUGGUUGGCUUGAAUGGCUAUUUGGCGUAUCUCUGGGGCUCGGUCGAUCGCACCGCAGGCUUGUUGCAGCUUCCCUACCUAGGAUGGUUGGGCUUCGCCACGUAUUUGUGCGUCGGGGCAGGACAUCUCAACGACUGGGAUUUUUCUGACAAGGAGGCGAAGAAGGAAUGA